CCAAUAUCACAAUCUUUGCCCUAUAAAAACCCUAAGACCAUCUCCACAUUCUUCACACAACACACCUCAAGCUUUAUAACUUCUAAAACAAACUCUUAUAACUUUUUACUUCCUCCUCCAUGGCUUAUUCUAAGAUUGCUCUUCUCCUCAUCUUCAAUGUCAUCUUCUUCACUUUAGUCAGCUCGACUUCAGUCCCUUGUCCACCACCACCGCCCAAGAGCCACCACAAGAAACCCGCAACGCCAUCUCCUAAACCCACUUGUAAAGACGCUCUUAAACUUAAGGUAUGUGCUAACGUGUUGGAUUUGGUUAAGGUUUCUCUGCCACCAACGUCCAACUGUUGCGCUCUUAUCAAAGGUCUAGUUGAUCUUGAAGCCGCGGUCUGUCUUUGCACUGCCCUAAAGGCUAAUGUUCUUGGUAUCAACCUUAAUGUUCCCAUUUCUUUGAACGUUGUCCUAAACCAUUGUGGUAAGAAGGUUCCAUCUGGUUUCAAAUGUGCCUAGAGAUUACACAUUUUAAAUUGAGAUUUCUAUAUCUCACAUUUCAUUCCUGUUUUUAAAAUUCCUCGUUUGAUGAUAUCUUUAUAUUGUUGUAAUUUGUUUUAUGCUUCAUCAAUGAAAUAAAUCAAAAAGUGUUUUGCUUAUUCUCUUAUCAACUUUGUUUGAAAUGUGCCUAGAGAUUACACAUUUUAAAUAGAGAUUCUAUAUUAUGUUAUAACUUCAUUUGUUUCUUGUUUUAACAUUCCUCGUUUGAAUC